GGAAGCAGGUGGUGUGGGUUUAGGGUUUAGGAAAGCUCAUCUCUUCCUGCGUAAAUUGGGGAGAGUAGAAAAAGCAAAAGCUUGAUCUCCGGCGCCGAAUAAAUUUCAGUUCAUCUCUCUCGCUCUCUCUACCUCCGAUUUAAAUAAAUGGUUGCACCAUGAUUUUUUGCAGCCUUCUCUUUUAUAGAAACCUGAAACAUACCCGCAAAUUAGUCGACAUUUCUCGGAAUAAUCAUCGAUUUCUUUCUGCAAAUCAGAAUACUACUAAUUUCAAUGCUAAAGCUCCUUACUUUUCGAGAUAUUACUGUUCUGAAUGGACUGAAGAUGUAGAAUAUCUGGAUGAAUCAGGGAGUGUUAUUUACUCAGGGAAAGGAAUAAGGUCUGUUGAGCCAGGGGUUGAUGAUCAUGUAAUGGUGGGUGGGUUGAAGAAGCCUAUUUUGAAUGCUUCAGCAGUGGCAAAGCUUGUUGAGAUUGUGAAGAGGUGGAGGUGGGGCCCUGAUAUGGAGACUCAAUUGGAUAAGCUUCAGUUUAUACCAAAUAUGACUCACAUUAUGCAAGCGUUGAAAGUUAUGGAAGAUAGUGAUGCUUCGUUAAGUUUAUUUCGGUGGGCAAAGAGACAACCUUGGUAUAAGCCAAAUGAUGCUUGCUACAUUACCCUGUUCGAUAAAUUGAACCAAAGCAGAGAUUUUGAUGGAAUUCAAUCGGUUUUUGAUGAUAUGGUCCUUGAUUCUGGCGAAAAUGGGGCAUCUCUGUUUAAUGCGUAUAAUCGAGUUAUCCAAUACCUAGCCAAGGCAGAGAAAUUUGAGGUGGCAUUCUGCUGUUUUAAGAAAAUUCAAGAGUCUGGUUGCAUAGUUGAUACCCAGACCUAUAACUCCCUUAUCACCGUGUUCCUAAACAACGGGUUGCCAUAUAAGGCAUUUGAGAUAUAUGAGAGUAUGGAAAAAGCUGGGUGCUCUUUAGAUGCAUCGAGUUAUGAGUUAAUGAUCCCAAACCUCGCAAAGUCAGGACGCCUUGAUGCAGCAUUCAAACUCUUCCAGCAGAUGAAGGUGAAUAACUUUCGUCCAGGUUUUGGUAUCUUUGCCUCCCUCGUUGAUUCAAUGGGUAAAGCCGGGAGGUUGGACACAUCAAUGAAGGUAUAUACUGAAAUGCAGGGCUUCGGGCUCAGACCAUCUGCUACUAUGUUCGUAUCCUUGAUUGAGUCUUUUGUGAAGGCUGGAAAAUUAGAGACUGCUCUAAGGCUGUGGGAUGAAAUGAAGAAAGCAGGGUUUAGACCUAACUAUGGGCUAUACACCAUGAUUGUUGAGUCUCAUGCAAAAUCUGGAAAGCUUGAUAUUGCAAUGUCUGUCUUCUUGGAUAUGGAAAAGGCGGGAUUUUUGCCCACUCCUUCCACCUAUUCUUCUCUGCUGGAGAUGCAUGCUGCUUCCGGUCAUGUAGAUGCGGCUAUGAAGCUUUAUAACUCGAUGACUAAUGCAGGUCUGAGACCAGGAUUGAGUACUUAUACGGCCUUGCUAACUCUUCUUGCCAAAAAGAAGCUUUUGGAUGUUUCUGCAAAGAUUUUACUGGAAAUGAAGGCCAUGGGAUAUUCAGUUGAUGUGAAUGCUAGUGAUGUUUUAAUGGUUUACAUUAAAGACGGUUCUGUUGAUUUUGCUUUAAGGUGGCUACGAUUUAUGGGUUCAUCAGGAAUCAGGACGAAUAAUUUCAUAAUACGGCAGCUCUUUGAAUCGUGCAUGAAGAGCGGAUUGUACGACUCAGCCAAACCUCUCCUUGAAACAUACGUGAACUCUGCUGCCAAGGUUGACCUCAUUCUUUACACUUCAAUUCUUGCCCAUUUAGUAAGAUGCCAAGAUGAGAACGAUGAGAGGCAUUUAAUGUCGAUCUUGAGUGCUACGAAACAUAAGGCUCACACUUUCAUGUGUGGGCUCUUUACUGGGCCAGAGCAGAGGAAACAGCCAGUUUUAUCUUUUGUGAGGGAAUUCUUCCAAGGCAUUGAUUAUGAGCUAGAAGAAGGAGCUUCUAGGUACUUUGUUAAUGUUCUCCUUAACUAUCUUGUCCUCAUGGGACAAAUAAAUCGUGCUCGUUGUGUAUGGAAAGUUGCCUAUGAAAACAAGCUUUUCCCCAAGGCUAUAGUAUUUGAUCAACAUAUUGCAUGGUCCCUUGAUGUUAGAAACUUGUCGGUGGGAGCAGCUCUCGUGGCAGUGGUACAUACGCUUCAUAGGUUUAGGAAACGGAUG